GCGGUCCUUAUUUCCUCCCUGCAGUUUGAAACUGUCAGGUUGCUGCUAGGGAAGGCGCCGGACUCGCUGUUGUUUCCGUGGCGAAGCGGCGAGAAGACGCGGAGGGAGGAAUCCGCGUUUGCCGAGAGCCGAGGCGCAUCUGUACAGAAUGUCAUCAGAUGGGAAAUGCUCACCUCCAGUUUUGCAAAAUGGCUCCGACCGAGGCAGCUCUGUCUCUUCAGAUCUUCAGGAAGAGUAUGAAGAAUUGCUUCGUUAUGCUGUAGUGACUCCAAAUAUUGACUCAGGUGCUUCACAGCUGCCUCAUUCCAAGGGAGAAGUGGUGCCAGAGACUAGAAUUCCUACUAUAAUGGAUGAUAUUCUUCAGAAUCAAGCAGAAAAUAGCUCUGCAGUAAGAGAAACAAGGAUGGAAGUUGGAAAAGGAUGUGAUUUAAAUAUUUCAAGUCAUUCAAAGACAGAUGGGUCAUCACCAGUGUCAUCCCCAAGGAAACCGCCUCACCCGGUCAUGGAUUUUUUUAGUUCGAAUCUUUUAGGUGACUCUUCGUCACCAGGGUCUAAUUCUAGUCAUAUAGAUGCCCAUGAAGUAGUUGUGAGUGAUUUUCUUAUUUCUGAUGAAAACCUUCAGAAGAUGGAAAAUGUACUUGAUCUUUGGAGUUCAGGUCUUAAGACAAACAUCAUAUCUGAACUAAGUAAAUGGAGGCUUAAUUUUGUUGACUGGCACCGAACGGAAAUGAAAAAAGAGAAAGAAAAACAUGCAGCAGAUUUAAAACAACUGUGCAACCAGAUCAACAGCUUGAAGGAGCUACAAAAAACCUAUGAGGUCUCCAUUGGGAGAAAAGAUGAGGUGAUUUCUAGCUUGUCUCAAGCCUUAGGCAAGCAAAAGGAAAGGACAGAGUUGAUGAGAACAUUCUGCCACUGGCGAAUCGGCCUUGUCAAAUCCAGACAAGACGUCUAUGAAAGUAAACUAGCUGACCAGUACUUCCAGAGAACUUUACUGAAGAAAGUCUGGAGGGGCUGGCGCUCCAUAGUACAAAAACAGUGGAAGGAAGUGGUGGAACGAGCUUGCCAAGCAAGAGCCGAGGAAAUUUGUGUCCAGAUUUCCAAUGACUAUGAAGCCAAACUUGCUGUGUUAUCUGGAGCUUUGGAAAAUGCAAAAGCUGAGAUCCAAAGGAUGCAGCAUGAAAAAGAGCACUUUGAAGAUUCCAUGAAGAAAGCUUUCAUGAGGGGUGUAUGUGCGUUAAAUCUUGAAGCCAUGACUAUAUUUCAAAACAGAGGUGAUGCAGGGAUAGACUUCACAAAUAAUAAAAGAGAAGAGCAUGGUCCUGGUGUUCAAGGAAAAGAACCUCCUGCUCAUUUGGAUCCUUCCGCUCCUCCGAUGGCCUCAGCGGCUGCCCUGCCUCCGUCCCCACCGGCAGCCACCGGCGCCGCUGCUUUGGUCACUUCUGCCGGGGCUGCCCCCGCUUCCUCUGUUCACCUUCCGGUUUCUGCUGCUCACGGUGCUGGAGCCACAGCCACAGCCGCCCCGGAAGACGUGUUUGUGCCAAGGGUUGUGACAUCGGCACAACAGAAAGCAGGAAGAACAAUCACAGCCCGGAUCACAGGGAGAUGUGAUUUUGCUUCAAAAAACAGAAUCAGUAGCAGUUUAGCUAUAAUGGGAGUUUCUCCUCCCAUGAGCUCUGUUGUUGUGGAAAAACAUCAUCCGGUCACAGUGCAAACCAUCCCUCAAGCUGCUGCAGCAAAAUACCCCCGGACCAUUCAUCCUGAAAGUAGUACUUCAGUUUCCAGAUCUCUCGGAACCAGAUCAACUCACAGCCAGUCUCUCACAAGCAUUCAUUCCAUAAAAGUGGUUGACUAAAAUGAAUAUGUUCACAUUGAGGUCUUUUAAUUCUUCUGGUUUUACCAAGGAUUAGAAGCCUUUAGUUUUUUAAAUUCCAUAUUCUUAGAACAUCAUACAUUCAUCAUGUUCAUUUUUUCAAAAUUAGAAGAGACUUUUUCAAGCUAUACCAUCCUUUGUAACUAUAUGUAGGAAUAUUUUAAUGUUUUUUUUUAUUUAAGCAAUUAAGUAAAACUUUUUUAAAUUAAAAAAGAAACUGGACUUUCUUUUAAUAGGUUCAGCCUGUCACUGAUUAUAUCGUCAAAGUGUAUAAAUCCUGUUUUUGCAACGUUAUUUCUAAAAGGCCAAAUCAUUUCCAAUGUUAUCAGGUGAGCUUUGAGAACUUUACUAAAAAAAUAAUUAAAACUAUAAUAGAAACUAAGGUAUUUUUAUUUAAAAAUUAAAAAGAUAAAGACCGGUAAUAAUAAUAACCUUUUAUCACAAAGUUUUUUGUGACUUUAGUACAUCAGUCCACAUUUUUCUAGGACUCUAACAAUUAAAAAUAGGGGCAAAUGGCAAUACCUAUGAAUAGUUUUUAAUGUUAAAAGGGAGAAAAAUUACUAGUACAAAAACAGUAACAGAAACAUCAAAAAGAAAUUUUCUGUUAGAAUGACAGUUACUGAUGUUCUUUCUUACCUUUUUGAAAUUCCACACCGUUGAACCUUUUUUUGCUGUGAACAUCCAGACAUCAUCCUGUGGUGGUACAUCCCCGGGCAAUUCAGGACUUUGCAAUGGCUGGCAAUAGGAAGAAACCAUCUGGGCAAAACUGUUUUAGGAGAGUAAGACUGGGCCUCCAAUGGUUUUAUUGCUGGCUGACUGGGUUAUCUUGGGCCAGACAGUUUAAUCUCGGGAUCCUCAUCUGUGAAAUAAUGCAAUCUGCCUACCUCACCUAUUUACAGGGCACUUAUGGCUUACCUAAAGACGAGUGGAUGCUGAAAAACUUGUGUACAGCCUCAGUUUCCGUAUCUUUAACAGAAGUGGAUGGACUUAAUAAUCUGAAGCCCCUUUCAAUCUGAAUAUGAUCUAGCUCUGUGCUCUAAUUUUACUACUGGAAGUAGUUUUUCUUAUUAACUCAUGUUGUAACAGGACAUGAGAGAAUAAAUGUGAGACAGAUAAAUAUCCCAUUUUCUAAAGGACACACCAAGGCUUUUUUGAACUAUAAAAGUAUCUGGCUAUGUGUUAGAGAGUAUUAGAUCCUUCUUAUGCAACACUUGUUCUGGGUUCUGGCCAGCCACUGCUGCAGCAGACAGCUCCUCCUGGGUCUCAGUAAGCACAAACCGACAGCACCUCGUCUCCUGCUGCACUUACCAGGGGCGUGCUCCUGCCCAGGGCUUCCCUGUGCACUCAGAGACACUGGCGCUUUCCACCUGGAGCCAACUCACACGCAGCCCGGAAUUAACACGCCAUUGGUGUAAACAGAUAGUUCUUCCUUUCUCCCCCUUGUAUGAGUUGUUCUGAGAGGCACUGGUCCAUCCUUGAGGUCAAAUAAUCAGUUGUGCUUGAUACCAAGUGUUGACCAAUUAAUAAGUCACCCUGGUCUUGGCUCUUGCUCCUCCCACCCCACUCCCCUUUUCCUUCACUCCUGCUUCCUUGGAUUUGCACUCCUGAAAAAAAGCAUUUGCUCAUUAACUUUGGCCUCGGGCUCUGCUUUUUGAGGAAUCAACAUAACAACUAGGAAUGGCAGCCACGCCAUAACCACAUGAAUAAAGCGAGUGUUGUGGACACUGAUUAAGAAGAUUGUUAAGUAUCUUUUUAAGC